AUGAACGACGAACAGCUCGAGGCCGCGGUCAGGAGCUUUUAUCACGAGACUUCAGAUACCCUCAAAAAUCGUCGACAUUAUCCUACUGAGGAAGACAUUGAACGGGCAGCUAAAGUCUGGCAUCACAAAGACUACUACGAGAACGCCGCACGGCAUAAAUUAGAGACGCCAUUAUCUCUGAAUAUGGCAGAGCAGUAUGCGCUAGUCAAGGAGGUUGACCAUCCCUUCUCCGAAAGUGGUAUGUGGACAGUCGUCUUCACUGUAAGUCUCAGCGCUUUCCUACAGGGUUUUGCCCAGAGUAGCCAGAAUGGUGCAAAUCUGUUUGCAAGAUACUGGAUUAGCAGCUCCAGUGACCAGCCUGUCAACUCCAGAUUUGCUUUCGCGAAUGCUGCCGUAUACUUUAGUGCCGCAGUCUUGGGUUGCCCUCUUGCUGCACCACUCAACACACUACUCGGUCGUCGCGGCGCCAUCAUUGUCGCUGCUUUUCUUAUUAUUGCAUCCUCAAUUGGAUCAGCGUGUAUUCCACUUCCAACUUCGGACAACGAUUCAGCUCGAGAUGGUACUUGGGCGCUUUUGGCAGGCAUUCGGAUCAUCGGAGGCGUUGGUAUGGGUCUCAAAGCAACCAGUACCCCCAUCCUGGCGGCCGAGACUGCAGUGGGAUCUUGGAGAGGCUCUAGCAUUCUAAUGUGGCAGUUGUGGUACCGUCGUCUUCGCAACGCAGCAAUUACCACUGGCAUCGUGGCUUUAUCACAACAACUCUCAGGCAUAAAUCUUAUGGCUUUCUACGGCGGGACCACGCUCGUGGGAAUCACUCCUGGUAAUGUUCCCGACGGGGGUCAAAUCCUAAAAGCGAUGGUAUACAACUUGAUCUUCGGAUCCAUAAACUUCCUCUUUUGCUUGCCAGCUAUCUACUACAUCGAUACUUUAGGGAGACGAAAGAUUCUUCUCUACACCAUUCCAGGCAUGGCAAUAGCGUUGAUGGCCGCAGCAGUGAGCUAUGAUCAGGUAACAAUCGAGGUCGUCGCUUUCUGGAUCUUCUUUCACACAGCCUUUUACAGCCCUGGCAUGGGCCCCGUUCCCUUCGUACUAGCAGCCGAAAGCUUUCCUUUAGCCUAUCGAGAAACAGGCGCCUCUUUCGCGAUAACGAUAAACUUCCUCUUCGCAGGCCUUCUUGCUUGGCUCCAGCCUUUACUCGUCGCUGGGGUAAACUUUGGCGGCACGCUUGGCGUCUUUUCUGGCCUUAAUGUCAUAUCAUUCUUCCUCAUAUUUUUCCUUGUCGAAGAAACCCACGGCAACGAUCUGGAAUAUCUUGGAAGAGUGUUUAGACGUUCAAAGCUGGAGUUUGCUCGCCAGCAAUUUUACAAACUUGUGCCAUUUUCUGGCAAGGCAGGUCAAGAUCAAGACCGUGAGAUCUCUUCGCAAAGCGACCAUGGAAAUGAGAAUUCUUCGGAGGGCACAAGAAUGGAUAGCCUCAACAUGACUAGGGCGGUCAACACCAACACCAACGCCAACAUUUAA